AUGCCACCAGCUCACAAGAGUCACAACUUCCGUCCGGAAAAUGUGUUAAAACGUGCCGAGGAUUUGAUUGCCGUAGGGCAAAAGGAAGCUGCAUUGGACACCUUGUAUGAGCUCAUCACUUCAAGAAGAAUUCGUUAUUUACAAGUCGAGGACUUGGAACCUAUUGCUAGCUUGCUCAUUGAAUUGGCUGUUGAAUUGAGAAAGGGUAAAUUAGCCAAGGAUGCUUUGCACCAGUACAAGAAAAACAUUCAAAUGUCUGAACAUGGUUUGGAAUCGGUGCAAACUAUUGUUCGUAAAUUCAUUUCCUUAGCUGAAGGGAAAUUAGACGAAGCUCAAGCCAAGGCUGAUGUGAAAAUCGAUCAGGAAGAAACUGCUGAGGAUGAUUUGGAAACUGCUCAAACUCCAGAAUCUAUCUUGUUGAGUGCCGUUUCAAACACGGAUACUGCUGAUCGUACUGAAAGAGAAUUGGUUACUCCAUGGUUGAGAUUCUUGUGGGAAGCUUUCAGAGCCUGUUUGGAUAUUUUGAGAAACAACUCCAAGUUGGAAGUUACUUAUUCCGCUAUCGUCAAUCAAGCUUUCAAGUUUUGUUUAAAUUUCAAAAGAAAAGCUGAAUUUAGAAGAUUGUGCGAGUUAUUGAGAGUUCAUAUGCAAACAGUCACCACUCAGGUCAAGACUUCAUCCAACAAUGCUAUUGAUUUAUCUGACUCGGAAACUGUUCAGCGUUAUUUGGAGCAGAGGUUUUCUCAAUUGAACAUUGCUGUCAAGUUGGAAUUGUGGCAAGAGUCAUUCAGAUCUGUUGAUGACGUGCAUAGUUUAAUCACUGCUUCGAAAAAGGCACCAAAGCCAACGAUGAUGACUAACUAUUAUGAAAAUCUUGCGAGAAUCUUUGCGGUAUCAGACAACACGUUAUUCCAUGCUGCUGCUUGGAACAAGUUUUUCAACUUGUACUCUCAAUCACCGAAAGCCACCGAUGAUGAAUUGAAGAGAUAUGCUUCCAUAUUGGUGUUGUCUACAUUGGCCAUCUCUCAAAACGCCAUUCAAGAUGCUGAUGAUCACAGAGCAAAGAAUUCUAAAUUGUCCUCAUUGUUGAAUUUGACUCAAGUUCCCACCAGAGACGGUUUGAUUAGAUCAAUUGUCCAAAGAGGCAUUAUCAAAUAUGUUGAUGGUCCUGUUAAACAAUUGUUUGAUUUGUUGGAAAAGGAUGAUUUCCAACCAUUGUCGGUUAAGAAAGAAGUUAUUGAGAUUUUCAAAUCCAUUGAGUCAGAUGAAGAAUUCAAAAAGUAUAUCCCGACAUUGACCGAGGUCAUUUUGAUUAAGAUUUUCCAACAAGUCUCCCAGGUUUACGAUACUGUCAAAUUGGACUUUUUGGUUUCGUUGGGUGUAUUUGAAGGCUUGCAAUACUCAUUAACAGAGUUGGAGGUUGAGGAAUUGAUUGUCAAUGCUGUCAAGAAUGAUUUACUUUCCUUGAUUAUUGAUGAUGAAGCUGGCGUGGCUUCUUUCAAGUCGAGUCCAUUUGAAGACGUGACUAAUGCAUCUACUCGUAAAUUGCAAAUAUCUCCAGCCGAAAUUGUUCGUACUCAAAUUAGCAAGUUGGCUGCCACUGUUGCUGAAUCGGUUCAAAUCAUUGACCCUGAAUACGAGACUCGUCGUAAACACGCUCAAGAAGCUGCCUUGCAUCGUGCUAUGACUGACUUGGUUCGCGAACAACAAGCUCUUGCUGAUAGGUCCAAGAUUAUUGAAGAGCGUAAGGUUGCUGCUGAGAAGCGUAGACGUGAGGAGGAAGAAUUGCAAGCUAGAUUGAAACAGGAGAGAAUUGCUGCGGAACAAAAGGCUGAGCAAGAAAGAUUGGUGCAAGAGCAAGAGCGUAAGAAAUUGGAGAAGUUGCAAAAGGAACGUGAAAUGAUUCAAGAAAAUGAAAAGAGAAAGCUUGCUGAGGAGAUUAAUGCCAAGGGUAUUAUUAAGGUUGAUUUGAACAAUUUGAAGGAUUUGGAUGCUAGUAAGUUGAAGAUGAUGCAGGUUGAACAAUUGAACAAGGACAGAAAGGAAUUGGAGGAGAAGUUGAAAGUUACUUUCAAGAAGGCUGAUUACUUGGAGAGAGCUUAUAGACAAUAUGAAAUCAAGUUAUUGGAUGCCGAAGCUGAAAAGCAGAGAGCGUUGGAAGUUGAAAACUACGAGACUGCAAAGAAUGCAAAGAUUGCCAAGGCAAAGAAGGAGUUUGAUAAUGCCGUUUCUUUGAAGGAGCGUUUCCAACGUAUGUUGCCUGAUUACACUUCAUACAAAGCUGAUCUUGAUGCUAAGAAUGCUGCCAAAUUGGAGAAAUUGAGACAAGAAGCUCAUGAGAAAUUCGAAAGAGCCAAGCAAGAAAGAAUUGAAAAAGUAAAGAGACAACGUAUUGAGGAGCUCAAGAUUAGAAAGGAGAGAGAACGUAAGGCACAAGCUGAAGAAGCUGCAAGAAAGGCUCAAGCUGCAGAACAUGCCAAAUUGAAGGAAGAAUUAAGAAAGCAAAGAGAGAAGGAUGAAGAGUUACAGAGAAGAAGAGACGAAAUGGCAGCACAAGCCGCCGCUCAAGAAGCUAAACCAGCCGCUCCAUUGACAUUUGCCCAAAGAAUGAAAUUGAAGAGAGAAGGAAAAUUGGCUUGA